AAACCAAAAACUACUACAAAACGAAUGACGCUCCAUAUUUGACAGCCAAUCACGGAGCGCCAGGGCGUGUCGACGAGAGAUCCCUUGUUCCGUGUGGAAAGUUUACCCGGCUCGGGUGCAAAGUUUCAACCCGUCUGCAAAGCGAUGAGCCACAGAAUAUGCACACAGGACCUUGCGAAUCGCAGACUAUAAGAGGUUGUUGCCGUCGCUGGAUUUCUGUAUGAAGACACAGAUUUUUAUGUGGCGAAGAUGACGAUACAUUCGUGAGUUUUAAUUUAGAAAAGGCUGUUGAGAACAGCAUAUAGCUAGCCAGCUGCAGGGCAGAUACUGCCUGCUCGUUAGGGCUUGCUUCAUUCGCUUUCAUUGUUGUGUGGCGACGUAUCGUACGCUAGCACAGAGGCUAGCUAGCUAAUUAGCUAGCGAAGAAUUCAAGAAUUUCUCUGCAAGAUGGCUUGUGAGCCCAACCGUCUUCGGCUGCUAUGUAUGCUGUUACUGACAUUUGGAUUUUUCAUUGUGGAGGUAGUGGUCAGUCGGAUAACGGCAUCCCUUGCGAUGCUGUCGGACUCCUUUCACAUGCUAUCGGAUGUCAUAGCGCUUGUGGUGGCUCUGGUAGCGGUCCGCUUUGCGGAGAAGACACAAGCCACAAACAAAAACACCUUCGGAUGGAUUCGUGCCGAGGUUAUGGGCGCCUUGGUAAACGCAGUGUUUCUGACGGCACUGUGUUUUACCAUCAUCCUGGAGGCCAUUGAGCGCUUCACCGAGCCACAUGAGAUUGAAAGACCGCAUGUUGUCAUCGGUGUCGGGGCGGCGGGGCUUCUGGUAAACCUGCUGGGGCUGUGUCUGUUCGGGCACGUCGGAGGGGGACACGGCCAUUCCCACGGAGGGCACUCUCACGGUGGGAAGAAGAAUAAAAGGAUCAAGUCAGAACGGCCGCCUGGCAGUGGCGGCUCGGGCGAAGAGACCAAUAACUUGGUGGGGAAUCAUAACACCAGUCCAAACGGCGUGAAUGCCAGUAGACAUGGUAAGGAUGCCAGUGGCGGCGGCGGGGGAGGCAACAACGGGAGCCAUCCAAACGGCACCUACGAGGCGCUGGAGUCCGACCUGGUCGCCGUGGAAGCCGGCCACGGCCACGCCCACCAUCACCACGACGACUCGGCAUCGCUGAACAUGCGCGGCGUCUUCCUGCACGUGCUCGGCGACGCGCUGGGCUCCGUCAUCGUGGUGGUCAACGCCCUCAUCUUCACCUUCGUCUGGCAGCCCUGCGAGCCGGGCACGCCCUGUGUCAACCAGUGCACGCACAGCCACUGCUCCGACCACCUGCACCUCAACCACACGCUGGUGGAAGUGCCCCAGCAGGACGCCGGCGACGGCAACAGCAGCCUGCUCCUGGAGAUGAUGGGUGGCGACGAGCACGGUGGCGAGGUGAUGUCGACGCUGGUGACGCGCGCGGGGCCGUGCUGGGUGCUGUACCUGGACCCCACGCUGUGCGUGAUCAUGGUCACCAUCCUGCUGUACACCACCUACCCGCUGCUGAAGGAGUCGGCGCUCAUCCUGCUGCAGACGGUGCCCAAGCAGAUCGACGUGGCGGAGCUGAGCGAGCGCCUUCGCAACCUGGACGGCGUGCUGGCGGUGCACGAGCUGCACAUCUGGCAGCUGGCGGGCAGCCGCAUCAUCGCCACGGCGCACAUCAAGUGCCAGGACCCGACGGCGUACAUGGACGUGGCCAAGCGCAUCAAGGACUGCUUCCACGACGCCGGCAUCCACGCCACCACCGUGCAGCCCGAGUUCGUCACCGUCAACUCGGAGUCGCGCGCCUCGCUGUGCGAGCUGUCGUGCCGCACGCAGUGCGCGCCCAAGCUGUGCUGCGGCGGGCCCGAGGACGGCAACGCUAACGCUAACGCCAAUGCUAGCGGCGGAAGGCAGGCGGCCGAGGGAGGCAGCAAGAUGGUGGUCGCGGCGGCCGCGGCGACACACGAGGUCAUCGGCGAGUCGCUGGAGAGCGCGGCGGCAGGAGCAGCCGGGGUCACAGUCACAGCAGCGUCAGCGUUGGCGGCAGCACACUCGGACGCAGAUCCCAGUCAAGUGGUAGUCACCAGCGAGGCGGAGUCAUCCUUGUGAAGAAUGAGAGAAAGAGAGAGAUCGAUGGAUGGAUGGAUGGAUGGCUGGAUGGAGAGAAGGAGGGAGGGUGAGAAAAGAUAAAGGAGAAAGUUGAAAGAGAGAGAGAGAGAGAGAGAGAGAGAGAGAGAGGGUUGAUGCUGCUGGCGCCUUUUUGAAAAAAUGUGGAAUUGAAGGCCCAGCUAUCAGGAAGAGAAGAGGGCAGUAGUGAUGAUGAGAGCACUGCUUUGUACCAAAAAGAAAAACAACAAUGACAGCAAACACUGGAAGGCUGUGAAAUGUGUUUGGCAGCAUAACACACACACACACACACACACACACACACCUGAGAGAGGACCUCCACAGAUGCAUGCACAUUUAUUUUCACACAUAUACAGCAUAUGCACAUGCACGUCGCACACUUACUGAAUAAUCAGACGUGUUAAAGUGUGUGUGUGUGCGUGUGUGCACGGUUUCCCAGCCCCACAGUGGGCAAGCUGCAUGUCUGUGUCUAGCUGUGUGUGUGCUGCGUUGUGCCGUGCCCGUGACGUGACGUGACGUUCGUCCGGUAGGUGUUGCCACGUGCCAAAGCUUCUCCUUCUUCUUCUUCUCCUUCUUGCGCAACUUGGGGGAGAAGACUCUUUCUUGUCCUUCACCUUCCCCUCUUUCCUCUGCGCUCCUUUCUUCUUUUUUUGCUUAUUUUUAUUCCCCCUCUCUUUUCUUAUUCUCUGUUCGUCUUCUUUAGAGCCCCAAGCAAGCUCGCAGAAUCGACCAAGCACAGCCCUGCCCCCACUCCAAUUUUCUAGAAUUUUCUGUAUUUAACGAAAAAAGAAAAA